CACAAUGGGCCGGAGUGCAUUGAAGCUAGCAUUGGCGGCCGAGAAGGGGAAAGACCCUCGAGAGAAAAAACUAAAACGUCAGCUCAAGCAGAAGAGGCGGGAAAAGGAGAACAAGAAGAACCAGGGCGUCCAACCAGUCGACGAUGAUGAAGUGGAGGACGAAGAUGAUGCUUCCAAGGUUGACGAAGAGGAAGGCGGUGCAGCUCUAGCUCGGUCUGACGACGAAGGAAGCGAGGAUGACAGUGAAGGCGAAAGCGAAGAGGACAGCAGGCGUGUGGAUAUUGAAGCGCUCAAUGACACGGAUAGCGAUUCGGAAUCCGACAUCGAGAUGGAAGAGAAGAUUGUGCGGCCGAAAAACGACCCCCCUAAAGGACUAGCACCGUCAUCGCGGAAACGCAAGGCACGAGAGGCCGAAGAGGCCGAAGACGACGAAGACGACGAAGACGAGGAGGACGACGAUGAGGAAGACGAAGCCAUUCCCCUUUCCGACCUCGAAGGUGACGAGCGCGAAGACAUAGUCCCCCACACCAAGCUCACCAUCAACAACAAAGCCGCCCUCAACGCCUCCCUCGCCCGCAUCGCCAUCAACACCUCCGCCUCCGUUCCCUUCGCGACCCACCAAUCCCUCGUAUCCGAAAAGCCCACCGCCGAGGCCGUUCCCGACGUAGGCGACGACCUGAAGCGCGAGCUCGCCUUCCUCUCCCAGUCCCUCGACGCCGCGCGCCGCGGGCGCUCGCUCCUCAUCCGCGAAAAGGUCCCCUUCACCCGGCCAGGGGACUACUUCGCCGAAAUGGUCAAGGACGACGGCCAGAUGGAGAAGGUCCGCGCCAAACUCGUCGAGGAGGCAACGGCCAAAAAGGCCGCUGCGGAGGCGCGCAAGCUCCGCGACCUCAAGAAGUUCGGCAAGCAGGUUCAGGUUGCCAAGCUCCAGGAGCGGCAGAAGGCCAAGCGCGACACUCUCGAAAAGAUCGACUUGCUCAAGAAGAAACGGCAAGAAAACGGCACCUCCAACCUCGACACCCACGAGGGCGACAUCUUCGACGUCGCCGUCGACAAGGAGCUAAAGGGCUACAACCCCAAAUCCGGUUCCGGGCGUGGCCGGAUGGAACCGAACCGGAAGCGGCAGAAGAAGGACGAGAAGUACGGCUUCGGCGGCAAGAAGCGCAAUUCCAAGUCCAACGACGCCGUCAGCUCCGGCGACCUAAGCGGCUUCAACCCCAAGAAGAUGAAGAGUGUCGCCUGGGGCGGCGUCAGCAAGACGAAACCGACGGCCAAUCGGCCAGGGAAGAAUCGUAGGAAGGCUAUGGCGAGUAAAUAAACAACGGAAAGGGGGGGAAAUGCCUUAUGCCGGUGGUCAUGUAUGAGACAAGAAGAGAGUAUCCAACGAGGAAUAAAUACCCCGGGUCUGUUCGUCUGUCCGUUUAUCUUAGUGCCUGCGGUCCGUCUUCUCUUUCUCCCUGUUCAUUCGUAGAGCUUGUCGU